CGUGAGGGGGGCGCAGGGCGGCGUCACGUGAGGCGGGGCGGCGCGGCUGCAGGCGGCCGCCAUGGACCAGGCCGGGAAGGAGAAGGAGGCGCUGCAGCUCCUGGCCGAGGCCGACAAGAAGGUCCGCGGCUCCCAGUCCUUCUUCGCCGGCCUCUUCGGGGGCUCCUCCCGGAUAGAGGAGGCAUGCGACAUCUACGCCCGAGCAGCCAACAUGUUCAAAAUGGCCAAAAACUGGAGCGCCGCAGGGAACGCCUUUUGCCAGGCGGCGCAGCUCCACCUGCAGCUGCAGAGCAAGCACGACGCAGCCACCAACUUCGUGGACGCGGGCAAUGCCUUCAAGAAAGCUGACCCGCAAGAGGCCAUCAACUGCUUGAUCCGAGCUAUCGAGAUCUACACGGACAUGGGGCGCUUCACCAUCGCGGCCAAGCACCACAUCUCCAUCGCGGAGAUCUACGAGACGGAGCUGGUGGACAUCGAGAAGGCCAUCGCCCACUACGAGCAGGCUGCGGAUUACUACAAAGGGGAAGAGUCCAACAGCUCCGCCAACAAGUGCUUGCUGAAAGUGGCCACUUACGCGGCGCAGCUGGAGCAGUACCAGAAAGCCGUGGAGAUCUACGAGCAGGUGGGCACCAGCGCCAUGGACAGCCCCCUGCUGAAGUACAGCGCCAAGGAGUACUUCUUCAAGGCCGCCCUGUGCCAUUUCUGCAUCGACAUGCUCAACGCCAAGCUGGCCGUGCAGAAGUACGAGGAGAUGUUCCCGGCGUUCACGGACUCGCGGGAGUGCAAACUGGUCAAGAAGCUGCUGGAUGCUCACGAGGAGCAGAACGUCGACGGCUACACCGACGCGGUGAAGGAGUACGACUCCAUCUCCCGCCUGGACCAGUGGCUCACCACCAUGCUGCUCCGCAUCAAGAAAACCAUCCAGGGCGAGGAGGAGGACUUGCGCUAGGCGCCCCCCACCCCCUUCCCCACCCCCCCCCCGGCCCCCUCUGCCCUUCUCGGGACCCCCUCCCCCCUCCCCAGAUCAGCGCCCCUCCCCCCUUGUACAUGGCCCCCCACUUCAGAUAUUUAAUGGUGUAAUAUAUUCCCUGGGAGCCCGGGUGUGAGCUCUCCCCUCCCCCCCACCCCGGGGGUGCCCCCUCCUCCGGCAGGGGGGUGGUGGGUGGGGUUUUGGGUGUCCCCCCUCCUCCGCGGGGGGGGGGGGGGUGAGGAGGAGGAGGAGGGGGGAGGCAGGCCUCUGCAUGCGGCGGCGCGGGCGGCCGGGCUCCGCUGGCUGUAGCGCAUCCUCGCAAAAGGCAAAUAAAGCGUUGCAUGAGCGUCCCCGGGGGGCUGCGACCCCCACCC